AUGUCUUGGCAUCAUGUUCCAACCAACCUCAAUCCGGCGGAUGUCGUGUCGCGAGGCUGUACCCCUAAAGAAUUGCUGGAGCAUUCUCUUUGGGCUAAUGGACCUCCAUUUCUUUUGCAGAACUCAUCGGAAUGGCCUUCCCUGCUUGAUGUAGUAAAGGAUCUUGCAGAGCGUCGUUCCGCGACUCUAAUUGGAACCGUGUCCAAGCCUCUACUUUCCAAUGGCCAUCUUUCCGUUGAGGAGAUCAACUCGGGGACCAUACUUCUUCUAAGGAGCAUCCAGCAGAUUCACUUAGCCAAGGAGUAUGGAGUUCUUAGCCAGAGCAAGCCGUGUCCACAGAAGAGCAAACUGAUUUCGCUGAGGCCAAUUCUUGGCACCGAUAGAUUACUUCGCGUUGGUGGAAGACUUCAAAACGCAAACUUGGACUAUGGUACUAAGCAUCCGAUAUUGCUUCCCAAGGACCAUCCAGUCACCAAAGCAAUCAUCGUGUAUUUCCAUAAAAAAUACAUGCACGCAGGAUCGCAGGCGUUGCUUGCCACAUUACGGCAAAGGUAUUGGCCGAUUGGAGGUCGGAAGUUCGUGGCUAGCGUCAUCAACAAAUGCGUUAGAUGCUUUCGGAUGAGGCCUGUGACUUGGGAGCACGUCAUGGCAGAGUCCCGGAACAAGGCACCGCACAAGUGCUACAUCGCCGUCUUUGUCUGCUUUUCCACGAAGGCCGCUCACUUGGAAGUCGUCCAGGACCUCACAACAGAUUCCUUCAUAGCAGCUCUGAGAAGGUUCAUCAGCCUUAGAGGCAGUCCGCGAACUAUCUGGAGUGAUAAUGCGACUAACUUUGUCGGCGCCAAGAGCGAGUUAGGCGAGCUGAAGGAAUUAUUUUUGAGCGAGCAACAUAUAGCUUCGAUAGCUUCUUCGUGCCUAGCGGACGGGAUAGAUUGGAAGUUCAUACCUCCGCGUGCUCCACACUUUGGUGGCCUAUGGGAGGCCGCUGUCAAAUCGGCCAAGUUUCACUUCUACAGAGUCGUCGAAAGCGCUGAAAGCCUCGAGGUGCUAACGCCGGCGCAUUUCUUAAAGGGUUCCAGCUACACCAAAUUUCCUGAGCCGGAUGUCACGCAUCUCCUUCAAGGCCGCCUCAGCAGAUGGCAAAUUGUGACCCAAAUGCAGCAACUAUUCUGGAGAAGGUGGAGCAGCGAGUAUUUAUCACUUCUUCAGGAAAGGAGCAAAUGGCGUUCCGAAGGAUCUAGCAUCGUGUUGCUGAAGGAGGACAACAUUCCAUCAUUGAAAUGGCCACUUGGACGAGUUGAGGAAGUCAUUCCCGGCGAGGACGGCGUCGUCAGAGUAGUUAUGGUCCGUACAGCUACGGGCAUCAUCAAGAGAGCCGUCGCCAAACUGGCCGUUCUGCCCGUCGAUUCCCAACAAGUUUGA